CGCUUAAGAUUCGCAAGAAAGUUCUGAGAAAGAUGCACGAGGAUGGUGGUCAGGCCGAUCCGAGCAGAAAUUCACGGGUUUUGGCUGCGAAGUCACUUGAUGUGGCAGAGCUUGAUGCCUCGAAAGAAGAGGCUCCCAAAUUAUGCGGCUACUUGAACAAACUUGCAGGCAAGGGGCCCUUGAGAGGGUUCAAGACCCGAUGGUUUGUCUACGAUCCGAGGAAAUGCUAUCUGUAUUUCUUCAAGAGUCCUCAAGACGCUCUCCCACUCGGACAUAUUGAAAUAGCCGAUGCAUGCUUCAGCUAUGAUGUGGAAGGAGAGGAGGGACAGUUCGAGAUACGUACCGCUGGGAAGGAGUUUUUACUCAAGGCUCCCAAUAAGCAGGUGAUGCAGUACUGGCUCCAGCAGCUGCAGCAGAAACGCUGGGACUUCUGCAACACUCGCGGAGCCGGCAUCACCAGGGACAACUGGAGUUCCCCCACCACCCUCUACCCCCUCACCGGCCUGGUGGCCAAAGACGCAGGCGCCACUGCUGCUGUGCUGGGUGAGAAGCCCACCGAGAGCAUGGAGAGCGUGCGGAACGACUUUGCCGUGGAAACGGACACCAACGGCCUGGUGGGCGUCCAGUCGGCACGGCAACCCACGGCGCCCCUCACCCCAGCGCUGAACUCUCUGAAGAACUGGGGCUCUGAGCUCAGGAACUCCAUGUCCCACCUGCGUGCUGGCCGGGGCAGUGAGAACAGGCGGAGCGUCUUCUAUACGGCCUCCAGCGAGGACUGGGAAAUGUUGGAACACCCAUUACCAACCAAGGACCUCCCCGAGCCACACAAGCCCCAGGCGGAGCACCCCCGCCGGGAGAGCCCUUCACACAUCCACAGACAUUCCAUUGGCUCGGCGUUCACAUUUGACUUCGGGCGGAGCACGGGGCGUCCGAAGCGUCCCUUCCUGGGAGGGGCCCGGUCUACCCGCAGCGGUGAGUCGUCUCCGGUGGAGUGCAACGGCAGCAAGAGCUCGGAGCUGCAGCUGCGCCUCCACAACCAGCAGGAGGAGCUCUCGCGCAUGCAGGAGGAGCAGACGCGGCUCAACGAGGAGCUCGCUGGCCAGAAGGAGCUGGUGCGACUCCUCCAGCAGACGCUGCGGAGCACCCAGUGCGAGCGGCGCCCGGCUGCCGUCGCACCACCACCAGUGGCACCGGGGAGGCCCAGGAGGCAGGCCCAGGCCCAGGUAGAUGCCUUCCUCCUGGAGCGUGAGGUGCAGAUCCAGGGCCUGUGUGGGCACAUGGAGAGGCUGGCACUGGAGAAGGAGAGCCUGCAGCAGGAGCUGAAGACGCUCAAGAUCAAGGUGGGCGAGAUCAACGAGCAGCUGGGAAUGCUCAUGGAGACCAUCCAGGCCAAGGACGAGGUCAUCAUCAAGCUGUCCCGGGAGUCAGGCGAGGAGGCCGGACAGGCAGGGGAAGCAAGCUCCCCGACCGGCAUCAAGGACCAGCACGAGCUUGACAACCUCAAGGACAGUCUAGAGGGCUACAAAUCCCAGAACAAAUUCCUCAACAAGGAGAUUAUGGAGCUGACUGUCCUACGCAGGAACGCAGAGAGCCGGGAGAAGGUUUUGGAGGCAAAGUACACAGCCCUGGAGGCCAAGCUGUGCCAGGUGGAGAGUAAGUACCUGGUGCUCCUGCAGGAGGUGAAGACUCCCGUAGGCCCCACCUCAGAGGUCAUCACCCGGCUGCUGGAGGACGCGCUGCAGGUGGAGAGCGGAGACCAGCAGGAGCACACUCUCCUCAAGCCCCACACCGUCAGUGAAUAUGACGUAUACGGCUUUAAGACUCUCCCCGAGGAAGAGGACGAGGAAGAGAAACUGGUCGCAAAGGUGCGGGCGUUGGACCUGAAGACGCUCUCCCUGACCGACCAGGAGGUUUCCGUCAGCGUCAAGUGGGACAACUACCUGGCGGGCACCAUGAACCGCGAGAUGGCGCGCUCGCCCGAGCUCAAGGCGCUGAUCCGCAGCGGCGUGCCGCACGUGCACCGGCCCAAGGUGUGGCGCUGGUGCGUGUGGCUCCACAUGCACAAGGUGCGCGAGUGCCUGGCCGAGGACUACUACCGCGGCCUGCUCAGCCUGGCCCGCGAGAAGCAGAACCCGGCCUCCAAGCAGAUCGAGCUGGACCUGCUGCGCACGCUGCCCAACAACAAGCACUACUCCUUGCCCUCGUCUGACGGCAUCCAGAAGCUGCGUAACAUCCUACUGGCCUUCUCCUGGAGGAACCCCGACAUCGGCUACUGCCAGGGCCUCAACAGGUUGGCAGCCAUAGCCCUCCUGUAUCUGGAAGAGGAGGAUGCCUUCUGGUGCCUGACGACCAUUGUGGAGGUCUUCAUGCCACGAGACUAUUACACCAAGACCCUGCUGGGCUCCCAGGUGGACCAGCGCGUGUUUAAGGACCUGAUGUGCGAGAAACUGCCCCGUCUGCACGCUCACUUCGAGCACUACAAGGUGGACUUCUCGCUCAUCACCUUCAACUGGUUCCUCGUGGUGUUUGUGGACAGCGUGGUCAGCGACAUUCUCUUCAAGAUCUGGGAUUCCUUCCUUUACGAGGGACCCAAGAUCAUCUUUCGCUUCGCCCUUGCCCUCUUCAAGUACAAAGAGGAGGAGUUUCUGAAACUGCAGGACUCCAUGGCCAUAUUCAAAUACCUGCGCUACUUCACCCGCACCAUCCUGGACGCAAGGAAGCUGAUGAACAUGGCGUUUGUGGACAUGAACCCGUUCCCUCUGCGGCAGAUCCAGAACCGCCGCACGUUCCACCUGGAGAAGGUCCGUCUGGAGCUCACUGAGCUGGAGGCCAUCCGCCAGACGUUCCUGCGAGAACGUGAGAACUCCCAGCAGGGCCGUGAUGUCAUCAGCGACGACGAGGAAGACAACUAGACACGCUACAGCCAAUCAGGGCACACGACUUUUGUUUUGGCCCAAUCUGUUUGGGUCUUCUGGAACCAUCCAGUGUUUGAUUGGCCCAUCAUGCAGCUUUCCAUCCCUUCAAGAACAGCGUUUCCAGUCAUGUGACUCAGUCAGAAGAAAGGGAUGCUGAAUGUUAGGGGCUAGUAUCAGUGUCACAGACUUCCCAGCUCCUGGUGUGGUUUUAGCAGGUGUGCGCCUGGCUGAUGGACCAAAGACGCGUGUGCAGCCAUCAUCACCCCAACAGUAUUUUUGGCCAGACCUUCACGGCUAGUCAUUCUGAUUGAUUGUGUUUGCUUCAGAGAUGGCGAAACCGCAAACUGCAUCUGUAAAGUUUGGAUGCCAUCCAUCAAUGCUUCAAUGCGAAUCAGUAUUUUCACAGGGAAGGAAUUUAAUCCUAAUUAAUUCCUUAAAAUUCUUGCAAUAUUCUCAGUGAUUUGGUCAUGUUAGUGAUUCUUGUCACAUUUGUUUGUACAAGAACAAUUACACUUAUGUAUUGUUAUUUUACUUCCAUGUUUAUGUAUAAUACCACUUGAUAAUUAUGUGCAUAUUCCACAAAUCUGCUUUGUUUUUAAUGAGCUGCUAUUAUCCUGGCUCCCCACCCCCACUCCUACCCCCGCUGUCAGUGCAUCGCUGGCGUUUGUCUCUUAUAAGGCACUUGAAUCACUUUACCCUGGCAGCCCAGCUGCUGCCAACAUUGUCCUUGUACAGUCAAAACUAAUUAUGACAGUCAUUUCCAGUUGAAGGUCAGUCUAGACUCUAGAUGAUUCAAUCCUAAAUUCUAUGCUUCUAAACUUUCCAAACUUCUAGAAUGCAUUGACCAGAGUAGCUGCUAUGAGGCCUCUCUGAAUCCUGUUGGAUUUAAAGUCAAUGGGUUUAAGGUCAUGCCCCCCCAUCUGAUCCCUCAUCCCUCUGCAGCGUAUACAAAAUACUGCUUUGGUUGUUUUUCUUGAAUGCUUCUCUUAAUUAUGUUACACAGCAGCUGUGAUGCUCUGCAGUAGGACAAAACUGAACUAGGUUGGAAGAACCUAAUUUGAAAAAUGCCAUUGCUUGUUUUGGUCUGGAUUGGUUCUCUAAAAUAUAUGGGUUAUAAAUUAGGAAUUUGCUUAAGACAAAUUUUACAAUGCAGACUACAGUGUUUGAUAACUGCUCACCUUAGUUGCCUUGCUUCAGAGGAAACAUUGCAUUCUAUGAAGAUGUCCCUCCUGCCAGCCACUAGAUGGUACUAGUGCGCUGAUGAUCUCCAAGCCUCUGUUCUGAUGUUUACUCACCGCUUGAAAAGGACUUUUUUGGGAAUCAGUACAAAAAGGACGUACAUUGUGUUUUAAUCAAGGAUAGCACAUUUGAUUAGGGAUCAUUUUGUAAAGACUUUGGACAUGCCAGUGCCAAAUUUUGUUCACAGAAAAAGUGGAAUAGGACCAUCAGAGCUCACUCAUGAGGGACUGUUGUAUAGCCUUGUCAGUUUACUGCACUUUUCUUCAGCUCGGUGGUCCAGUGUUUAAUCUCUCUGUUUCCCAACCCCCCUUUGCCUUGUUUGUUUUCAGUGUUUCCCUCACCUCAAAUCGUGUAUGCCUUUCAUAUCAUUCCUUCAAAAUCAACUUCUUUUACAUUGUCCUUGCUUCUGGUUCAACUUGAAUGUAUCGUUUUAUGUAUUAAACAAGCUGGACCAGUAAUAUUUUACAAAGUUUUUUCUUUAGUCAUAUAACAUUUCUGUAAGCCCUUUUCUUGAAGCCCUUUUCCUACUAUGCAAUAUGCAGAGCUGUCCUAGUACAAUCACAUGUUGAACAAGAGAAAAUUACAACUGUGAAUUUUGAAUUUCUCUUUGAGAGCUGGUCUCUCAAGUCACCAUUUACUUUCAAAGCCCCUUUUUGCACAGUCUUAACAUUAUCUUAGUACAAUGCUGGUACAAAUCUUGUUACAGUCAAGUUUAAAUUUAGUUUGAAUAUAGACAUAGUAUUUCAUCAUGUUUCACAUCAAUAAACUGUACUGUACUCUGUUAUCGACUUGAUCUCAUGAUCUGCAACCUUAUCAUGCAGCUUCCACUCCCAGGCUGUGUCUCUGCUCUCUGACGAGUCCUCUCCUCCCAGCGUUUCAUCUGCUGCAAAUGUCUCAGAGUUGCUUCUGUACUGUAGAGUUGCUGAUGAGUUGUUGUGACUUAAAUCAUAUAAGCUAUGAUGAAAUGUAAUUUUUUUUUUUUUUACAGCUCAGCAUUGUAACAAUUGCACAGGCCUCAAUGUGGACAUCCAUCUAUCCUACAGUAUCUAAAAUGCCUGCUACUGCUAUCAAUGUCAGUGAGACUUUUCUGAUGGCGUCUGUGGAGAUUUGAAGUGAUGAAAUUUGUUAAAUACUAUUAAGUAAAAAGUAGUGUUCCUUUCUUUUGAAUGUUACAGAUAACCUGUGACAUGUUACAGUGUAAUCUUUCUUGAUCUUUCAUAUAAAUAGCACGAUUACUCAAUAAACAUGGUUAUUCUGCACUCUG